GUCUUCAAGCGCAGUUAACCGUCGCACACGAUCGUAUAAACACACACGCGCACACUUCUGCCGGACCACACCGUUCACGGACGACGACCGUGAAUAAUAUAAUAUAUUUUAUUGUAUUACACGCUCCAGUGUUCGCCCGCCCGCACAAACGUAAUACUACCAUUACGUACGCAAUCGUCCUGGAGAAACUAAAUAAUAUUAUUAAAUUAUAAUAUUGUCGACCAACAGAAUACUAAUACAAUAUUAUAGGCAGUAGCUGUUUUGGCGAUAGACAAACGACUUAAAAUCGUCAUGAUCACCGUCGGUUCAACAAGGGUCGCUUUGACCGUGGUUACGAUGUUCGCAUGGUUUGCGGCAGGUCAAAGGAUUACAACAAUACAAUUGGAUGGCACUCAGUACUACAUCAGUAGGAUGAAUCCAUAUUCAGCGGAAUUAAAUUAUUUUUUGGCAUAUGAAUAUUGCAGAUCAAUUGGACUGCAGUUGGCUUCAUUUGAAACGUUGGAAAAAACAAACUCAAUAUCUGAUUUCUUAAGAAAUGCUGGUUACAACAAAUUUGACUAUUGGACAUCUGGAAACCGUUUAGGUACUGACAUGCUCAUCUGGAUGUCAACAGGUCUUCCGUUUAACACAACUUUCAACCAAAUGAAACGGCCAAACCCAGACAACAACGGUCUGGAUAACGAAGACUUAAAAAUGAACGCUAGGCCGGAACUGCCCAUAGCUAGGAAAAAGAGGGGUGAAAGUGGAUCCAGGGACGGAUGCGUCGCAAUUAAAGCACCUAACAUGGACUGGGUAACCGCAGAUUGUACCGACUUGAAGGAUUUCAUUUGCGAGCAGACCAGGUGUUAUUAUUACAACUACGGGUCGAUUCCGGUGUCCUCCAGCCAGGGUUUUGGUUAUAAACAAAAAGCUACGGCAUUCCCAAUUCACUCAAACGUAUCUUUGGAGGAAAACACUACCACUCCGACAACUACUAAUACUACCACUACUACCACAAAUCCCAUCACAACUACCACUCCCGCCAUUACUACUACCACCACACCAGUACCGUCUACUAUUAUGUUUACAACCUCCGCCGUUGCGGCUGCAGAAGGCUACGUGGUUACUGACAUCCGCCGGAAGUCGGAAGUCGACGAUAACAACGACAACGACACUCCUAGAGCGGCGGAACCGGAACUUGAACUGACGGUCUCUACGACAUCCGGUCCGGUUGUUGACGAUUUGUCGUCUGCAAGUACACUAGAACCACUGCAAAGUGGAUAUCAAGAAUCACAGACUGACGAACAACAAUCGACAAACCAACCACGAGUAGAUGAACGGCCGUCGACCGAAGAACGAGCGGACAGUCAGUAUUAUACCACCGAACUUCCAACGCUCAUCCAGAUGCACAAUCAACAACAGCACGAACAACAGGUACACGACCAACAAUUACACCGGCGUUAUCAACCUCACGAGAUGAAACAACGCGGUAAACAAGAAAUAGAUCGUCGAGAUCAACAACAGCACAACGACGCGUAUGCGUUCGAAUCGCUGGAAAAAGCUUUUGCCACCGCAGUACCUCACAAGAUUCGAUCUACCAAGGACUUAGAACAGCCAAAAGACGUUAAUGCAGCUGCUGGUGAUCUACAGUUACCGUGGUCGUGGGCCAAAGACAUUAUGUUACAGAAACCGGUGUUGAAAAAGUCAUCACAAGAAGUCGCUUAGUUGCAUAUCAAUUGGCGAGUUUUACGUUUAAAAUAUUAUGUUUGUUUAAAGAAACUUUUUUUUUUAAAUAGAAUAAUUACGUAUGACAUUUGAAAAUCAAAAAUCAUCUAUAAACCUAAACUUCGUACAAACGUUGCUCUCUUCCGCUUUUUCUCACAUACGUCAUUAUUAUUUGUGGUGAAUUACCCUACACUACUGUAUUAUGCAAUUUAAUUCAGUCAUGUAUAAUUACAAAAAUCUGUUCUCAACGCUUGAUUCUGUGGAGUAAUGGUGGUACAUUUAAUUUCAUGUGAUUACCUAUAUUUUUUUUUUAGAAAAGUAAUGAAAAUAAUGAACAAAUCAUAUCGGUAUAAUAUAAAAGAAUAUAAUAAGUUGAAAGACCUAUUCUUUUUAUUGUUUUUACUUAUUAUAUUCUUUUACGUCUAUCGAUUAUUAUUUUAUUUUGUAUAUAUUAAUUUUUAUAGAUUCUCUCUUAGACUAAUUAAAAAUGUACUUUAAUAUACUUUAAUGGUAAUCAUUUUAAAUAAAUCAAGUGAUUAAAAACAAA